UUCAGGAGUUUCCAUGUCCUUUGCUGAAUCUCUCUGACAAGGAAGUGGAAGAAGUAAUAACUGUGAAGUCAACGCAAGAUUCGCAGGAGUCCAUGAGAAUAGCCUGGCGUUACCAGACCAGACCAAAGCAGGAGGUAACCCAUACAGCCUUUUCAAAAUUUGGACACUACUUUGAUUUAUCUAAAACAAUGGCUCCAGAACUAAUCCAGAAUGUUAAGUGGGAUGGUUUUUUCAUUCUUGAAGAAACAGCUUUGGAUCUUGAUGGAAAGUCAUGUAAUAAGACAUGUGGUUACACCAAACUCCUUCAUUCUAUUCAGAAAGUCAUUUAUCAACAAGGAUACAAUGGGUCCACUUUUCAGAAAAAACAAAGAAAUGUGUUGCGAAUAGGAAUUCAGAGCCUUGGUUCAGUAUUAUGGGGUGAUGAUAUCUGUUGUACUGAAAAUCCUGAAAAUAUGCAUAGCCUCACUAGAUUUCUGUAUGUUCUACGUGGCCUCCUAAGAACAUCAUUAUCUGCCUGCAUCAUCACUAUUCCAGCUCAUCUGAUCCAGAAUAAAGCAAUUAUGGAACGUGUUACCAACUUGUCUGAUACAGUAGUUGGUCUUGAAUCAUUUAUUGGCUCUGAGAAAGAAACCAAUCCAUUAUACAAGGAUUAUCAUGGUUUGAUUCACAUACGUCAGAUUCCUCAGCUUAAUAGCUUGAUCUGUGAUGUAUCAGACACGAAGGACCUUGCUUUUAGACUGAAAAGGAAGCUGUUCGUUAUUGAGGAGAUCCUAGAAAGCUGCAGUCACAUAACAGAAAUGCUCAGGAAGCCCUACAUGGACUUGGUUUCAAUCGAUUGCAUUUGCCUCCAGACUUGUCAGACACAGUGAGCCGCACAAGCAAACAGGAUCUGGCAGUCUCCGCCAAAUUGCUGAGCUCAGAAUGUAGUGCGAUGGCCAUGGGCAAGAAGCACCUGGACUUCUAGU